AUGUCGCCGGCAGACGAUUUCACUCUGCCAGCAGACGAUGACUUAUCCCCGGCAGACGAUGACAUAUUGCCAGGAGACAUAUAUGUCACUGAUUACAAAGCUGGGGAGGAAUACUUACGUAAUCAUAAUAGUAUAGAAAACAUCCUAAAGCAACUAGAAAACAUCAAAGAUAGCUGGAAAAGUAUACCAUUUAAUAUAGCAGUGACUGGACAAAGUGGUUCAGGAAAGUCUAGUUUGAUCAAUGCAUUAAGAGGUUUAAAAGAAGAAGACGUUGGAGCAGCACAAGUUGGAGAAAAGGAAACAAGCUCAAAAUAUUGCUCAUACCCCCAUCCAAAUCAUGGUAGGUUUAUCUUUUGGGAUUUACCAGGUGUCGGAACUGACAAGUUUCCACAAAAGACGUAUAUGGAGUCCAUACACGCUAGUCGGUAUGACUUUUUCCUUAUUGUUUCUUCAGGACGAUUUCAUAGCCAAGACAUCUGGCUUGCAAACGAAGUAUUGAAGCAAAAGCAUAAAAGCAGAUGUUACUUUGUUAGGUCGAAAGUUGAUAUUGACAUGAAGAAUCGUAAAAGGCGACAUGCGCUAGAAAAGGACACAAUGACAGAUGCAGAUUUAUUUUUAAAUUUCAGAGUAGAAAUGACAUCUGACAUUCUAAAGACGUUGCAUAAUCCAAACAUUAACAUUCAUUUAUUUUUAGUUUCGAGUCAUUUUCCAUCAAAAUAUGAUUUUGAAGAUCUUCAGUUGCAGCUACUUGAAGAUGCAUUAAAUAUAAAGAGAUUAUUAAUAACCUUCGGAAUGACCAGUCUAACAAAGAGAUUGAUGGAGCACAAGCGAAAUGCUCUUCGCUUACGUCAGCGAGAAAUAGCAUUACUAUCAUGUAAAUCAGAGAAUACAAAUGUUGAAGUGGUCUUCCCGUGCAGUAUCAUGCACAUCCAAUCUGAAAUAAAGUUUUACAAAGAGCAGCUGUCCUUGGACACGGAAGGUUUGGAUUACGCGGCUUCAUCAGUUGGUUUAAAAUCAAGUGAUUUACGAAAGAAAGUUGAAAUGAAAAGCGUUCCAACAAUGUCAAUAGAUAGUUUGAUAAAAUCUUUAAAUGAAUUGUAUCGCAGCACAUAUGCCAAUCAAUCAUAUCUGACAAAGCAGUGGAGAUAUUAUAUUAGAUAUGACAUGAUUGCAUUGAAAACCAUCGAGACUUUCCUCCAAGGGCAGCUGGAUCAAGCGAUGAGAGACACUGAAAACCUGAUCGAUUUCAUAACAAAUAUGAAAGAAAGCUCGGUAGUUUAG